AUGUCAACUAUUGGAGGAUGUCAUUGUGGCAACAUCUCAUAUAGAAUGGGAUGGGAGCCUGCAGAAGCUUUGGAUGGUGGAGUUGCCGCUAGAGAAUGUUCUUGCAGCUUUUGUAAGAUGGUUGGAGCAGCCUGGACAUCGUGCACUGCAGGAUCAUUGGCUAUCCUAAUCAAGGAUGAGCAGCUUACGAAUAGAUAUCAACAGGGUACAUUGACUGCAGACUUCCUUCUUUGUAGACACUGUGGUGUGUGUCCUACUGCCCUGUCAUCCAUCGAUGGCAACCUUUAUGCUGUGGUCAAUGUCAAUACAUUCAAACAAUGGAAGGAUCAACAGGGUGUCGACGCACCUGGUCCUCUAAUAUGGCGCACACCACUGGCUAUCGACAAUGAACCAGUUGACUCUAGGCUCGAAAGAAGAAAGAGGAAUUGGAUCGGAAAGGUGACUAUCAACCAAAUGAUUCAGUGGAAGUGG